AUGCAAGCUAUGAAUACUGAUCAACAACCAUAUUAUCCUGCUCCGUCAGGUCCACAUCCAGCUCCGAAUGGUUAUUAUCAACCAAAUGGAAUAGAUACACAUUUUACACCAAGAAAUCCAAAUGGAUAUGGGCAACAUCGUAUGCAUCAAUCUUAUUAUCCACAAGGACCUAAUGCUUAUAAUCCACAACAAGUUUAUAUGCAAUCUUUUGUACCACCUUCACCAUUCGUUCAUGCGAAUGAUCCACAAUCAAUGACCCCAUUUCGUCUUGUUGUUCGGCCACCGAAUGAAGUUCCCACUGGAGCACCAAAUUAUAUGCAACCAACAUCGUACUUAUCAUACCAAAAUAAUAAUUUACAGCAACAAUCAACUGCAUAUCCUACACCAUACUAUCGUCCACCUUAUCAUGUGCCACAAAAUAUUCCACAACAAACAUCAGCAGCACAAUUAUCUAAUCAAACACAACUAUCACCUUCGCAAUAUACUUUACCUAAUAAUCAGCAACAAACACAAUCAUCGAUUAAUCAACAAUAUGGAACAUCAUCUCAGUCUUCACAAUCACAAGAAAAACGUAAAAGACAACCAUUAAAAAUUGUUGAUCCGGUGUCACAAAAAGCUCUAGAAUUGGAACCAGAAGCUCCAUCAGUGAAUUCAACUCCAUCAAACGAUGAAGAUCGUCAAAAAGAUACAGUUGUUGAUUCAACAAAUAUCACGUCAAAAGUACCUGAUGAUACAAAUAAAACUCAAAAACGAGAAGAUUUUCGAAGGCAAAUGGCUGAUUUAAUUAAACCUAAUGGUUCAACAGAGAAGACUGAAAAUCAAUCAUCAAAUGUUGUUAAAAAUGAACCUCGUAAAGAAUCAACAGCAAUUAAAACAACACAACAAUCACAACCAGGCUAUCCUGGUAUUCGUACUCGAAGUAUAACUGAUGAAAAACCAGUUCUUCCACCGAAUUUAGAAGAUACAAAAGAGAACAAACGAGAUCAAAUUAAUUCUCAAAAACAACUUGAAAAUACAAAUUCAGAAACAACGUCUGAUAAUGAAGUUCAAUCAACAGAAGAAAUCCAAUCAGAUACUUCAGAUAUAAUUGAUAAAGCUCAACCAGCAUCAACUUUACCUGCUACUGAAUCUUCAGAUGAUAUAACAGCAACACCAUCGAAUGAUACAGAAUCUGAAUCAGUCACCAGCGAGAAAACUCCAUCAAAAUCACAACGAUAUACAUAUAGUAUCGAAGAACUUCGUGCUAAACGAUAUGCACUUUCAGCACAAAAAAAACCGACUGAUCUUAAAUAUGUUGCUGAUAUUUAUAUUCCACCUGCAAAACCAAAAUCAGUUGAUGCCAACGUUAAAUUUUUACGUGAAAUUAGAUUGAUAUUAAAUAAGUUAACACCACAAACUUAUGAGAAAUUAUUAAAAAAACUUGAUGAACUUGAACUUGAUCGUUAUGAACGUUUAGAAGGAAUGAUAGAUAUAUUUUUUUCCAAAGCAGUUGAAGAACCAAAAUUUUGUUUCAUGUAUGCAGCUUUAUGUCAACAUUUUCAAAGAAAACAAGUUACCGUACCUGGUCUAGAUGGUCAAAUGAUAACACAUUAUUUUCGACAAAUAUUAUUAACACGAUGUCAAACAAAAUUUGAAACUGAUUAUCGACAAGAUAUUGAUUAUGAUAAACGAAAACUAGAACUUGAUGCUAUUACAGAUGAAAAACGUCAAAAAGAAGCAGCUGAAGAUUUAGAAGAAGCUUUAUUUAAAGCUAAACGACGAAAUUUCGGAAAUAUUCUUUUUAUUGGUGAAUUAUUCAAAUUAGGAAUGUUGACAGAAACAAUUAUGUUUGAUUGUAUGGACUAUUUACUUCAAGACAAAGCUGAUGAAGAAAAUCUUGAAUGUUUAUGUAAACUUUUACGUGCUAUUGGCAAAGAACUCGAUGCUAGAGUCAACGAUAAGUCACAAAAUCGAAAAAAUUUGGAAAAUAAUUACAAGGAAUUAGAAAAUAUUGUUGGAGUAAAACAAGUAUCAGCACGUGCACGAUUUAUGAUUCAAGAUCUGAUGGAUUUAAGAAAAGCAAAUUGGGUUGCUCGUAUUGCUGAAGCAAAACCCAUGAAAAUUGAUGAUAUUCAUGAACAAGAACGAAUUAAACGUGAACAACAAGAACGUGAUCAAGAACGUGAUCGACAACAACGUCGAGAUCAACAUCGUAAUAAUCCAGGCGGCGGUGGUGGUGGUGGUAAUAAUAAUCCACAACAAUAUACUGGACGUGGUAGUCGUGGUAGUGGUAUGAAACAACAACCAAAUCGAAUGGAUGACGACCGAAAUGUGAGUCGUUUUAGUGUUAACUCAGUACGACAAUAUCAAACGAGUGAUAAGCGAAAUCCAACAACAACAUUAAAUCUUGCACCACAAUUUACAUGGUCGAAACCAGCAACAACUGAAAAGAAACCUGAAGAUGAUCGUGCCAAUAUGAAUCGAACUGGUAAACCUCCAAGUGGUUCUACUCAACAAUACAACAACAAAUCUAAAACAGCUACACCUCCUGGUACACCUGGUUAUAUGACUCAACGACAACCAUCACGUGAAUUAACACGUGAAAAUCCUGUUGAAGUAUUACGAAGAACAGCAAGUGCUAGUAAAGAAGUACCUAAUUCAAAUAAUACUUCAAUGACAGAUUCACGUAAUAGUUCUCGUAAUGUUAGUCGUGAACAAUCACGUAAUGCAUCACGUGAAUCAAGUUUAAAUAAAGUAUCGGCAACACCAGCAUCUACAACAACAGCAGCAGCAGAAAACAAUUCAUUUGAUGAAGAAAAAACAACAACACGUGUACAUGCAUUAAUUGAAGAAUAUACAGAAAAUUAUUCUGAUAAUAAUAAUCGAUCCGUUCUUGAAGCCGUAGAAGAUUUAUCUGAUUUUUGUACAUCUAAUACAAAUCAACAAGCAAUUAUUGUUCGAGAAUUAUUUACAAAUGUAUUAGAAGGCAAACCACGUGCAAGAAAAGCUAUUGGACAUUUACUUGAUAUGACAUUACAAAAAAAUCUUAUAUCCGAUCAAGGUUUUCUAUCUGGUUUAAAAACGUUAAUUGAAGCUGUACCAGAUUAUAUAGUCGAUAUUCCACUUGUUUGGCAAUAUAUUGGUGAAAUUCUUGGUGCAUUUAUUGGUGGUUCAUCAUCAAAUAUGUUAUUGUUAAAACCUAUUUUAUUAUUAAUACCAGAUGAAGUAUCAAAACAAUUAUUUCAAUAUAUUACUCGUUAUGCAAUUGAAUUUUCUUCUAAAUCUCAUGUACAAACAAAUUGGCAAUCAGUUAAUUUUUCAUUAAAUGAUUUAUUUGAACCAAAUUCUAUUGAUUCAUCAUUUCUUAAUGAAUAUAAUUGGUUAUCGGAUUCAACAGAAACAACAACAACAACAGGAUCAAAUAAAGAAAAUAAUUUACCACGUGCUAAUUCACAAUUAGUUACAUUAUUUAAAUCUGUUAAUGAUCCAGAUUCAGCAGUACCCGAUGCUGAAAUAACGAAAUAUAUUCAUGAAAAAAUGAAUUCUGAAGAUAAAUUUUAUAUUCGUACUAUAGUUUUAUCUUAUUUGGAAGCAUGUUUAAUCAAUCGUGGACAACAAAUUAAAAUACAAGAAGAUAUUGCCAAAAAACGAAUGACAGUUCUUAAUGGUAUUAUUGAACAUAAACCAGAAGCAGAACUUCAAGUUGUUUAUGCUAUUCAAAAUUUUGUUAGUAAACUUGAACAUCCACCAAAAAUGGCUCAAUUAUUAUUUGAUAUAUUCUAUGAUGAAGAAUGUGUGAGUGAAGAUACAUUUUAUGAAUGGUUAAAUCAACCUGAUCAAUCCGAAAUUGAAGGACAUUCAAUAGUAGUAGUAUCAACGAAAGAUUUCUUUGAUUGGUUACAACAAGCAGAAACUGAAGGAGAGGGCGAUGAAGAAUAA